UGUCACUACACUGUGAGCAUCAUGAGCAACAUAAGUUUUCCUACGCGUCCUGAUGCAAGAGUUGUUGUAGGGCUGGAUUUUGGAACAACGUUCUCAGGGUUUGGAUAUGCACACAAGUCCGAACCAGAGGGUGUGUGUGUGCUCUACGAAUGGCCAAGGUUCGCUGAGGCAAGCGGGAAGUCGUACUGCAAAACUCAGACAGCUCUGUACUAUAAACCUUCGCGGAAUGGUUUGCAGUUAGAAUCGUGGGGAUGGCAAGCCCAAGUGGAUUACGUCCGAGACUUGGACCUAGUGCAACGAAAGAAUGCUGACAAAAGUACGCUGGGCGAGUUCAUCACCAGGUUCAAGCUCCACCUCGCAGACAAGAGCUCCGGCCCCUUAUCCACCACGCCCUUACCACGAGGCCUCACCACCAAGCAGGUCAUCACCGACUUUUUAAGGGAGAUUGGAAAGUUUAUCAUGGACCAUCUCCGAAACAAGUAUGGCACCCACCUGAGCAUGGAGGAGCUGCAGUGGUGCGUCACGGUGCCCUCCAUCUGGGACGACAAUGCCAAGCAGCAGAUGAAGAGCUUCAUGGAAGGGGCGGGGUUGGUGGGCGGCAACAGGGGCAGCCCUUACCCGGUGAUUAUAGUCCUGGAGCCGGAAGCUGCUGCCGUCUACUGCUUGAAGAAGCUCAGAAACUUCAAACUCAAUCAAGGGGAUAAAUUUUUGGUUGCAGACAUCGGAGGUGGAACAUCCGACAUCGUGGUGCAAGAGAAGGCAAACUCCUCGGGCAGUUUGAAGGUGAAGGAAGUGACAGCGAGCUCCGGUGGCCUGUGUGGCGGCUCCUUCGUAGACCAAGCGUUCAUGAAAUUUAUGUCUGGGAAGAUCGGCUGUCUGGACAAAUUUCUAGAAGGCAAUCCUAGAGUGAAGCUCCAGCUACAGACGUGGUGGGAGCAUGCUAAAAGCUCAUUCGAGGGCGGUGACACGAAUGAAGUACUUUACUGCCAACUCUCUGGAAAGCUGGCCACGUCCUGGGAGGAGCACGAUCCAUCGUAUGUGGGUGAUUACUACACGGUGGAGAUCACCCACAGCGACAUGGUGCAAAUCUUCUCCGGCGUGGUGAACGAAAACAUCAAUCUCAUCAAGGCGCAGCUCCAGCAAACGUCUAACAUCAGGAUGAUAAUGGUCGUGGGCGGGUUCGCUACCUCCAAGUACUUGAUGGCGAAGAUCAAGAAGGCAUUUGAGCCUCGCAUCACAGUUGUGAGCCCCAACGAACCUGGACGCGCGAUCUGCGACGGAGCCGUCAACAUCGGCUUCUUCCCCAAGAACAUUCUAUGCCGAGUUGCCAGGCGCACGUAUGGCAUCAGUAUGUGCGCAGAAUUCGACAGUGAUAUUCAUCCCGAGAGCUUGGCGAAGUACAUUGAUGGCGUCAAGUAUUGUAAUCAUCUGUUUUCUACAUUUGUGAAGGCUGGGAGCACGGUUGAGAUGGAUUUCUCGCAAGAGAAGUACUUCUGGCCGACGUCAAAGAACCAGACGGCUAUUUCUAUCGAGGUGGUCACUACCCAGUCACCUUCGCCGACGUACACUACAGACCCAGGGGUCACUGUGGAAGAGGAAUUCAGUGUGGACAUUUCAUCGAGCUUGUACAUGGCGAAGGAUGAUCGGAAGAUUCUGGUGUCCAUGUUCUUUGGGGGUUCCUGCAUCGAGGUGAAGGCACAGCCUUCUCAUUUUGUUGGGACUCCGGAGGCCGCCGAAAUGAUGCCGGUGAAGUUCGACUGGGCCUGAUCGACGCUCCUUCAUGCACGAGUUUUAGCCUUGACAAGUGUAUAUUUCAGGUUAUAGCUGAGUUUUUGCAAAUAUUCUAAAAUCUUUUUCUAACCAAUCCAUCUCCUAUAUGCCCAUAGUACGACCUCAUUGCCCUGGAAAUCCUCUUGAUGCGUUCAAAAUUUAGGUUAAAAAUUACAUUUUUUGUAUAAUAUUUGUUAAUCUAACAAAAACAUUCUCUAGC